UGGCGGGUAAGUGAUCCUCCUCGCCGCCUCUUCCCGCAAACUUUCAGCACUCUGUUUGGAAAGAAUCGGUUGUGCAGCUACAUACAGUGAAGAGAGGCCGCCCCUAAAUCUACUACUUUUAAACCGAGCAAGCCUCUGCGAGCCGAAAAAGCACCGAGCGCGAGCUCCUACAAGACGAAGAAGAAGGUCCCGGAAUUGAACCAGGGGGGCGAGAUGGAGACGAAAGGUAUGAGCGAGUACGAGCGAGAGCGGCAGAAGAGGAUCGAGGAGAACAGGAAGAUGCUGGAGGAGCUGUUUCCGGACGGGACCAGUCUCAGCGGGCCCGUCGUCAGGAGAGGUCCCGUGGUAAAAGAGGGAACGCCAGAGUCGUCAAAGGACGGAGACGGCACCUAUGGAUCCCCAGUCACGCCAAGAACUAGAGCACGACGGAGUCUGGUAAUGCCGCGACGUAAUCCACUGCGAAAAUCCCGAGCUACAAAUGGCACGGCUGACUUGAGGCCCGUGACUCGCUCCAUGACGAAAGUCAGCAGCGGAGAAGCUAGUUUAAUUGAUGGAGUUGAAGACGAGCAGGAACUGAGAAAAGUAGCCAUCAGAAGCAGGAAACGUAGGCACAGUGAGGAAGAGCCGGUUGAGAUUGAGCUGGACCACAACCCGGUCUGCUACAAGUCUAAAAUCAACAAGGUAGCCAUCAAGACAACCGAUAAGGUAUACGACCGGAUCAACGGUACCACUUGCCACCAGUGCCGCCAGAAGACCACCGAUACCAAGACGGUCUGCCACAACCGCAACUGUCGCGGCGUCCGCGGUCAGUUUUGCGGUCCGUGUCUCCUGAAUCGCUACGGCGAAGACAUCAGAGAAGCCUUGGUGCAGGACACGUGGGUGUGCCCUCCUUGUCGGCGCGUUUGCAACUGUAGUUUCUGUCUCCCGAAGCGCGGGAAGCCUCCCACAGGGAUAAUGAUCCACGAAGCGAGAGAUGCAGGGUUUGACUCGGUGCUAGAGUACUUGGAGAAGUCGAAUUACGACUACUGAAACCUUUUCGUCGAUGCCCAUUUUGUCAGUUACCACACACGUCAAAGACGUUUUAGUUUAUCCUCUCAUCUUUCAUUUAGCCUGAAAAUGCUGAACUUGUGUAACCAUCCCAAACUUGUAAAAGAGGCGCGUGUUGAAUUGACGUACUAUUUGCGCAUGCGCGUAUUGCUAGCGGAUCGGUUCGUUCUCGGGGGCGGAGGCUAUAAAACGCAAAAACGCUGCUUGCGCACCAUCCGUGACUCGAUCCGAGAGGCAGGAAACCUACUACUGCGAGCGUUCUUCAAACCUCAAGAUGUCCUGGAUUCGGCGUAUCUCCAUCUCCACGCUGUUGUGUGCAGCCGCUCUCUCUUUCUGUACAGCAAUGGAGCUAG